UAGAGGUGUUUGUUGCAGAAUGCAGAGGUGGUUGUCGACCGUCGUUUUGGAGUGACAAAAUGUUGUUUGAGUAAUUAUCAUUAGUGUAAUCAAUCAAUUAAAGAAGUAGAAAUUGAAAAAGUAUUCAAGCCGUAUAAAUAAUGGCUGACGUCAGAUUGUCAAUGAUUGAGAAUUCCUUACAAGAAGAUGAAGAAGAUUCAGAAAUAACUUUCAUUGAACAGUUUGUUCAAGAUGUAGUAGAUUUUAGCUCUCAGUAUGGAAGUGAUAUUAGUAUUUCAUAUACAGCGUAUAAUAUAGCUGGAAAACCAAGUAAAUUCCCUGAUUAUGGAGAUUUCCCACAAGCAUUUGUGAUGCGUACCUACGGGAACUGGUGGAAUGAAGCUCCCUCUAGAAGACAAGAUUUCAUGCUUCAGAACUAUGGGAAAAUAAUUAGCCAUGAUUUUAUUGAUGUGACGUUUGAUGAGCCAGUGUACCCAUUCCGCGUGAGCGUCUAUGAAACGUACAACCCUGGCUCUGUGGUGCGCAUAUGGGCCGCCACCACAUCAGCACCCAUACGGUGGCGGCUGCUGUGGGAGGGCGAAGCCAGGCUGGUUGGCCACAAGCCUCAUAUCUUCUCUCCACCUAUCAAUGCCAUUGACUUUCCCACAAGGAUGCUGAGGUUGGAAUUUGAUCAUUCUCGGCUAGACUAUUACACAGAGAUAGACGCGUUGCUGCUAGUGGGGACCCGCAGGCCAACCCCUAUACCUUCCCCGGGCGGUGAACUUGACCCCAAGGAUAAGGAGGCAGGCGAUCUCACCCGCAAGAUUAUGGAUCUCAACAUACAUUCCGUGCCACCUCAUGUGGAUUUGGAGAACACACUAAAUCAGUUUUUGGCCGGUGAUUACAGACAGUUGCUACGAGAAUUAGAAGAUACAGCAGCAAUGUUGAUUGGUGCAGUGGAGACCAUUACCAAGGUUAACAGUGGAUCCUUCUCUUGCCUGCCGGAUGAGACGACAAACUAUGUGUUCUCAUUUCUGGAUCUACCCUCACUAUGUCAGUGUGCCAAGGUCAACCGUCACUUCCACCAGCUGGCCACCGACUCUCUACUAUACACCAAAGUGAACCUCAGGCCCUACUGGCAUUGUGUCAACGAUGGCACCUUGUCGUCACUUUCUGACCGCUGUCGACAUCUUGUCAAGCUGGACCUCUCUUGGUGUGGAAGCUACGAUCUCAUCACUACCACUAACAUGGCUCAAUUCAUCAAGACAACUUGUAAACAGCUGACCACUCUCAGGCUGGACUGCUGCAGAUUUGUUGAUGACACUAUUAUCAAGGCUGUGGCUUCCACUUGUAGGAAUAUAAAAGAGUUGACACUGAGGAAUUGCUCCCGUAUCACCUCUGAGGGAUUCAACAGCCUUGCAACAGUCUCCACCAUCGAGAGGCUGGACUUGUACCGCACCCAUAUAGAGAUGCAACCACUUGUUAACAUUUUGAAGGCAUCUCCUGCUCUUAAACAUAUCAAUUUGGGAUCCUGUGUACGUGUGUCCAGUAUGGAUGAGGUGGCGCAGGCACUAGGUAAUUACAAUCCGCAGUUGGUAACUGUUGACUUCUGGAAGACCUACAGUCUGACACCGGUGGGUGUGCGAGCUAUCAGCAAGUGCAGCAUGCUUGAAGAAGUCGACUUUGGCUGGUGUCUGGGAGUUAGUGUUCCGGGAGACUGCCUCAAUGCGCUAGCAGUGGGCUGUCCACGAUUACAGAAGUUGUUCAUGGCUGCAUUGCGGGGUAUCAUGGACCGCGAUCUGGAGCCAUUCCUACAGCACUGUCCUCGGCUACGACAGGUGGACCUGCUGGGAGUGCGCAGUAUCACUGCCGACAUCUGCCUCAGAUUUCUCUGUAUGUUCAACGAACUGCAGCUGUUGGACCUGAGCUUCUGUGAUCAGAUACAGGAGUCGUUGGUAGCGCAGUGGAGGCAGCAGUUCCCCCAUGUGAGCAUCAAGAGGAGCUUCCAGUCGGAGGGCACUGCCGGCUGUUACCUGCCCAACCACUACUGACAUCGGCCCAACAACCCUGCUCUGUUGGAGUUGGGCACGAUGAAACACUUCUACUACACUGUGUUAAAUCUAGAGAAUCUCUAAUUGUUGAUAAGACUGCAAUCGAUAAUAUACUCUCUUUCUUGUUGGAUUUUACUGAGAAUAUCUAUUUAUGAGUUUGUUUUAAACAAAUAAGGGAUGACGUUAGCUUAUGUAUUUAGCGUAAAAUACAGUAACUUAUAAAGUUGAAAAUGUAUCCAGUAUGUGGUUUAGCUAGAGGUAUUUGGUAUUUUAUUUUGCCAUCUCACUCCCACGUGUUCAUGUUGCCAGAUCCGGGCGACAACUGCUUGCCCAGUAUUCUCAACAAUAUUGUACUUGUUCCUACCUUGUCCUUAUUGUAUAUAGCGUUUCCUAUUUAUUUAUAGAUUAUAUACAUUCCAUUUAUACAUCAGUAGUUAGUUAACUAGUGUUUUGUUUUAUAUUUAUGUGUAUGGUGAAUAAAGCUUUAUUUUGAAAAA